AAAGAUAUAGGUCACUUAGCAUAGUUUCUUGUAAAUCUACAAACAAACAUGAACACCUUCGCCGUCCUCGUCCUCUGCAUCCAGGCUUGCCUGGUCCAGAACGCCUUCGGCAUGUGCGCCAGAGGCAUCGUGGGCCCGGCCAUCGCCGGCCCCGCCAUCGCUCCCCUUGGCGUGCCCGCCUGCGGUGCCGCUCUCGCUGGUCCCGCCCUGGCUCCCUUCGGUGCUCCCGCCCUCGCCGCCCCCGGUCUCGGCUGGGCUGGUCUGGCCGGUCCCGCCGUCGGCACCUACGGAGGCACUGGCAUCGGUAACGUGGCCGUCGCCGGUGAGCUCCCCGUGGCUGGUACCACCGCUGUCGCCGGACAGGUGCCCAUCAUUGGCGCCGUCGGUUUCGGAGGCGAUGCUCUCGCCGCUGGUGCUGUGUCCAUCGCUGGACGUUGCGGUUGCGGCUGCGGCGCCCCUUACGCUUACUAAGAUAUAAAUGAACCAGACGUAUUGACUUGAUAAUAAUAUUAUAAUAAAAAUAACCGCUCUGCAAAA